AUGAGUUUGACGACUACCGUGUACAAUGUAGAUACGCACGAACAACGGAACAUCCCGCUGUUGAGCGGCUCAGACCGCACCGAGUCACUCUCGCAUCGUAAGUCGAGUGUCUCGGUCUUCGACUGGCUGUAUAACAACCCAGGCCCUAUCCGCGACAAUGGAGCACGUACCACUGCAGCUGUCACUAGAACUACCCACGAAGCAGAUAGCAGAUGCUCACACAAUGAGUCGGAUGACUUCAGCGACGAUAGGGAUGGACUGAUAUGUAACUCUGCUAGGGAUAGCAGGUGCUGCUACAGCAGAGGAUCAGACCUGCCGUCGAUGUGUGGGUGGUCUGGUAGCCAGCGCACCGGAGGCGAGUGCAGCAGCUCAGCCGACCACUAUACGGAGCGCCGGUUUAGUACUGAGAGUUCGUGGUAUCGCGAUUCAAGUACCACACGCGACUGUGCAUUGGGGGAUGACGCUGAUGGAGAGAGAACAUAUAUACUUGCUCAUCAGUCCAGGUUCCAGGGGAAGUGUCGCACCAAGAGUGAAGGCGACAAUGCAUGCCGGUGGCGGGAUGAGCGCUGCACAGAUAGGGGUAAGCUUGGUUGCUCUGGCAACCUGAACACGGGGAAGAGUUCACAAAUCCUAAAAUCCGCCCCAUCGGAGUCCGGGCACCAGACACAACAGCCGCGACGUCGGGCAAGAACAUACACCACAGCCAGUAGCAACAGACGGCGAGAAAGCUUACUAUCAGAGGACGCAACAGAUAACCAAGACGACACCCACAUAGACACAUACGCCCAGAUAUACACCCCGGCGUCCUAUCCCGGGAUAAAUGGCUCAGUAUCCACGAGCAUAAGACUUUUAGGCCUGACACUGCCUCGGAUGCCUCCGAUAGCCUUACUACAGUCGAGCUUGACCACCGAACCGCUCUCCCCUGUACCGCAACACUGUGGCAUACACAGCAUCGCCAUCAACCCCUCGCGCACACUACUCGCAACCGGCGGCGUUGACGCUGAGACUAUCGGCGUGUACCGUCUGCCCUCGUUUGAUCCUGUGUGCGUGUGCCUGGGUCACAAAGACUGGGUGUUCAGCGUCCAGUGGCUGUCCGAUGGGAAGCUGGUUUCUGGGUCUCGGGACUCCCGCGUGUGCACCUGGGACAUCACGCCAUUUCUCACCCAAUCUGCGAGCCCUAGAGACAGCCGUCACACGUUCUGUGGCGACAGGCAGAGCCGAGUACCUACGGCCACUAGGAAUGCCUGGUUCAGUAGUACCAUAUCUAGUCCGGAGAGUGAUGACGACGCUGGCUACUGCAGCGAUGCUUCGUCAGCCUCGGACUCUGUUGCGCCUGCGCAGACAGUUGGGCAUAAGGCACCUGCCUGCAGACCCAAUGGCUCAGCAAAUCAUCAUACGGGCAAGGUCAGAGAUUUGGUGACCAAUACAUUCGAAAUGGCCACCCUGUCCGCCGAUUCGUGUGUUAAGAUCUGGGAUCCGGCGCGCCUGGUUCCCAAAGCCACCGUACGGUUGCAGCAUUGUGAUGAACUCGCCUGUAUGAGCCCGGCAGCUGUGGAUGCUGGUGGUAUCUACCACAACGAAGCUAUUUAUAAAAAUGUUUAUGCCGUUGGAAGCCAGAAGCACGUGUCGUUUGUUGAUCCUCGCGCCGGGUUGGUUGUCAAUUCGAUCGAGUCUUUGGACGAAGGCAUGGGGGUGCGGUCGCUGAGUGUGCGGGGUGGUGUGUUGACUGUGGGAGGGGGACUGGGGCGGUUGAGUUUCUACGACUUCAGUGCACAGAAAUAUCUCAGCGCCAACGAACAUUGGCCUCAGCAGUCGACCACACCUGCGUCUAAACAGUCGAGUCUCUUCUUAAGCACAGGCCCGGGAUGGUUGAUGCGUAACAGGGUAUGGGAAACCCAUUUCCUUGGCUCAGAAGUGCGAAAUGCAGCUUACACUCACAGCUAUGAUGAGUCUGGCGCAAGACUGCUGGUAGCAGGUGGUCCUCCACAGUUGGGUCUGGUGGGAGCCUACGCUGGCGUUUGGGAUGGCAGCUAGCAGUCUCGUCAGAUCAGUUCAUUGUCUUCACAUAAGAUGUCAGUCUCAUCGGCGCCUGUACAAACUUGCCUCCAGCGAUGACCAAUUCCAUGCCUCAAUCAGAUCGAUACCGCACUCGUAGUACUCGACGGAUACAAAUAGCUCAAUACGCCACUGUUUACUACCUUGCCAAUAAAGCGCCGAUAACGC